AUGGAGUCACCCCAGAGAGCAACAACAGGGAGUGCAGGGCUCGACCUCUGUUCCACCACCCGACUCAUAUUAACACCCCGCACAGGAGUCCAGAUGGUGGACACAGACUUUAAAGGCCCACUGCCAGCUGAUAUGGUGGGACUGAUUUGGGGAAGGUGCUCUGUUACCAUGCAAGGAUUAAUAGUUCAUCCAGGAGUAAUUGAUUCAGAUUUUACAGGAAAGGUUAAGAUUAUGGUAUCUUCCCCUAGAGGCAUCGUUGCCAUUUCCCCUGGUGAUAGAAUAGCUCAAUUGCUCCUUUUGCCCAGCUGUCACUCUCAAUUUCCAGCCAAAGAUUCAGAAUGGGGAGACAAAGAAUUUGGCUCUACUGGGACCUCCAAUAUAUUUUGCUCUCUAAAUCUUGAUACCUGA